GUAAACCAUCAAUUACCACAUCACCUCACAUAAAUGUUGAUGCAUAAUAAAACAAUAAUAUAUUAUAUUUACAAUCUCACUUAAUAAACUGGGAAACACUGCUGUGUUGUCAGCGAGAAAGUGUCAGAGUUUGUCCUGGCAGACAGCUUCUCAAGUGCGGGUCAGUGAGCAGCCCACACUGUCAGCAGAUUGGAUUAGAACAACGAGCGUUGUUUUAAAAACGAGUUUAGGAAAAGCUCCUCCUCCGUCAUUCCACUCUUCCCACGAGAUCGCCGGUUUGACCUCUCGAUAGGUCACUCUCUAUUAUUUCUGCUGCAUACGAUAUCCUAGUCAGUAAUUCAGUACCAGCCGCGGCGGACAUGUCAACAUUCAACGAAUGCAGCUAUGAGGAGUACAGAGAAACAGCAGACUGGCUUCUUGCUCAUACAGAUAUCAGACCCAAAGUGGCCAUCAUCUGUGGCUCAGGCCUCGGUGGAUUAGCUGACCUGCUGGAUCACAAGACUAUGUUUCCUUAUGAGAAAAUCCCUCGGUUCCCCCAAAGCACAGUGCAAGGACAUAAAGGUCAGCUGGUGUUUGGAGAGCUGAAUGGGAAGCAGUGUGUUUGCAUGCAAGGCCGUUUCCAUUUCUAUGAGGGUUAUGAUGUUGCCACAGUCACAUAUCCAGUAAGAGUGUUCUUUCUUCUAGGGGUUGAGACUCUAAUUGUGACCAAUGCCGCUGGAGGACUAAAUCCCAAAUUUAAAGUGGGCGAUAUUAUGCUGAUAAGAGACCAUAUUAACCUGCCUGGUUUUGCAGGCCAAAAUCCUCUGUGCGGUCGCAAUGAUGACAGAUUUGGAGUACGUUUUCCUUGCAUGUCUGAUGCAUAUGAUAGAGACUUGGCACAACUGGCCAGGAAGACUGCAGAGGAACUCGGAUGCGCCUCUUUUCUCCAGGAGGGCGUUUACUGCAUGCUGGCUGGGCCGUCUUAUGAGACGAUUGCAGAAUGCAAAGCUCUACAGAUGCUUGGGGCAGAUGCUGUUGGUAUGAGUACUGUUCCAGAGGUGGUGAUCGCUCGACACUGUGGGGUACGGGUGUUUGGACUUUCUCUGAUUACGAACAAGGUGGUGACUGACUAUGACAGCAAGGAGAAGACGAAUCAUGAAGAAGUGCUAGAAACCACCCGCAUUCGAACCGAGCACCUUCAAAAGAUAGUCAGUCAUUUAGUUAAAAAUAUGUAGUGCAACCAUUUACUACAUUCACAAAAAUAUCACAAGGGUGCUUUUAAUAAUAAUCUUCCACAGAGUUUUGCCAUUAGACACAGGCAGUUAAUGCAGAAUGUAGACAGCUUAUGUAGAUCUGAAUAUACUACAUAAUGUUUCUUAAUGUAUCUUGUUCGGGGUAAAAGUAACUAUAUAGACAUUCCAGUGCCUCUUGAGUCUAAAUUUUGACUAGAUUAAUUUUGUUUACCUCAUAGCACAGUAGGUAAUGUGGUACUUACCAACACUAGUUGGUACUAGUUAUUAAUAACAUGUACAGUACAACAUGUGAUCCUGUCACAUACUGUACUUCCUGAAAAACAUGUAAAGAACAACUGAAAGUAAUCAGUAUAACAGAAUAAUCGGUAUUAAUUUUGUUCAGAAAGAGUUAAAGAACAACAAAAAAGAUUAACAGAUUGUUAAUCUCAGUUAUACAAAAGAUCUUUUUUUUUUUAUUUACUAAAUUUGUAUUGAGGUUAAAUGCACAGGACAGUGGCAAUAGGUUAACAAAUAAUAAAUAAUUUAUUGCUUAAAUAAAUGUUUUUGACCAAUUAUUCAAAAUAUUUAAUUUGUCCAAUUUUACUUUGUUGCUGGAAAAUAAUGUCUUUGCACAGAUCACAAAUACUAAGAUUUUAUGUAUUUUAAAACAGCAAUUAUAUAACCAAAAAUACAUAUAUAACUGAAAAUGUAGUUUGCAGCUGGUACUAAUUAUAUUAUUAAAAUCAUUUCUGCUA